AUGUCUAGCGGGGCUUUGGGCCGUGGCUCUUUCCACUCCGUUGUGGCCGGGGUGACUCCGCGUCGCAUCCCCACGUACUACAAUUCUGCCUAUGACCUAAUCCAGCUGCAUCGUACCCACCGCGAAGUGACCCGUGGCUUUCUCGUCCGUGAUAAGGUGUUCGACAAUAAGUUCCCCGGCUGCUCGCUAGCCAACGGUCUUUUCAAGAUGGUUCCAAACAAGAGGGACAAUUUCCACACGCGCGAACUGACAGAGUUGAUUCGGCACCGCACUAUAUGGACGCAGCGCAUUCAGCAACAGCGUACUAUCAACGCAGCCAUUCUUGAGGACGCCGCCAAGGAGCUCAGUCCAGCGCAGAUGGAGGACCGCUUCUCGUACCGCACCCCGGACACGGCGGCAUACUUUACCCCACAAGAGUACACAGCGGCCAACAACUGGCCUAACUACUGGCAGCAUCCAACAGAGAAGCAUGUUGUGCCAAGGCCGCGCUGGCGUCGUGAGGCGGAGUUAGGCGGCAUCACGCGCGUGCGUGACGCUGUAGCUACCCCCGUUGCAGAUUUCUAG